AUGCAUGUGGAGGUGGAUCUCAAUUGGUUCCUGCAAUUCAUAGUGACACCAUUCUUGGUGGCUUUUGGGUUGCUCCAACUCGUGAGAAACACCGCCUCUAAGUACUUCGUUGUCGACUCCAAUUUCGAGUCGGAUUACUCGUUCGAUCGCAACAAGGAGAAGAUGCCGGCCCCUGGCUGUGACGCCUCCGUUCCUUGCGCCGUCUGUGAACAGAGAGGCACGAAACAAUGCGCCCGUUGCAAGAUGGUCAAGUACUGCUCUGAAGCUUGUCAAAAAUCUCACUGGUCUGAGCACAAGAAGAAAUGCAACAAUUUACAAUUGUCUCGUAAAGCUAAUUCUAUGCAAUCUACAUCGAUCUUGAGGGGAAGGAAGGUUUCAUUGGUUCCUGGCGUUGGGAGCUCCAAGAUUUUCAAGGACUCGAAAGAAAUACUUUUCCCUUAUGAGGAGUUUAUGGAACUUUAUAAUUGGGACAAGCCUGGUUUUCCUCCUUGCGGACUCUUAAAUUGUGGAAACAGCUGCUUUGCUAAUGUGGUUCUCCAAUGUCUUGCUUUUACCCGGCCACUUGUUGCCUACUUGUUGGAGAAAGGCCAUCGGAAAGAAUGUCAACAUGAGGAUUGGUGCUUUCUAUGUGAAUUUCAAACUCAUGUUGAAAGGGCUAGCCGGAGUCUGCAGCCAUUUUCUCCAAUUAACAUUCUAUCACGAUUGCCUAAUAUUGGUGGUAACCUUGGCUAUGGGAAACAGGAGGACGCCCAUGAGUUCAUGAGGUUUGCCAUUGACACAAUGCAGUCGGUGUGCCUUGAUGAAUUUGGUGGAGAAAAGGCAGUUCAUCCUAGAUCCCAAGAAACCACCCUUAUUCAGCAUAUAUUUGGUGGUCAUCUUCAAUCUCAGGUUAUCUGCGCAAACUGCAACAAUGUUUCGAACCAGUUUGAGAACAUGAUGGAUUUAACUGUCGAAAUUCAUGGUGAUGCUGCAUCUUUGGAGGAAUGUUUGGACCAGUUCACUGCCAAAGAGUGGCUUCAUGGGGAUAAUAUGUAUAAAUGUGAUGGAUGCAAUGAUUAUGUCAUGGCAUGGAAGCGCCUUGCAGUGCGGAGGGCACCCAACAUACUUACGGUUGCCUUGAAAAGGUUUCAGAGUGGGAGGUUUGGUAAACUUAAUAAGAGGGUGACAUUCCCAGAGACUUUAAAUCUGAGCCCUUACAUGAGUGAAUCAGAAGAUGGCAAUGAUGUUUACAAGCUAUAUGCAGUUAUUGUCCAUGUGGACAUGUUAAAUGCAUCAUAUUUUGGCCAUUAUAUAUGCUAUGUCAAAGAUUUUCGUGGAAACUGGUACAGGAUUGACGAUUGCAAGGUUUCUAGGGUUGACUUGGAUGAGGUGCUUUCACAGGGAGCUUAUAUGCUCUUAUAUAACAGGAUCCAUGCUCGCCCGUCUUGCUUGCUUCCUGCUGAAUCUGUAAGGAAAGAGGAAAUGGAAAACAUGAAAAUGGAAGUACAUCUAUCCCCAAAUCUGCCUGAUAACUCUCCGGUAGGAUGCCUCGAUAGUCCUGUUGAUUCUGGUCUAUUGGCAUCUGUUAAUUGUUCAGGACCAAAGAUCUCAAAUGGUGAGGAAGACUUGUCAUUCUCAACUGAUUCUGUUGAUGCUAGCGGGGAUAUAGAAAUGGUAGAUUCUGAAGCAAGUCCUUCAAUUUUCAAGGAUGUUGAACGUUUACACAGUAAUGGGUGCUUUGUUGCACCUGAAGAAGUUGAUUCUGUAGCUGAACAAGCUCAUGAACCUGCCACUGGAAAUAUUUCAGUGAUUUGUACUAGUUCUCAAUCUGAAGUUUAUGACAUUGAACCAUCCGCCCCCAUGUCUGACGUUGAGAAUGAAAGUGGGGGCAGCAAAGACGUGAAUGAAGGUUUAUUGGAAAUUUCCGGUGAAGAUUAUUCCAAUACUCAGAACCAUAUCUCCGAGAAAGACGAUACAGCACAUGAUGUAUCAGCAAUGGCAUUUACCAGUGAUAAAGCCCACGAUGAAUUGAAGUUUACUCAUUUAUCUAUGCCCCAGAUUGUCAAGUCUGAAAAUAACAUAUCUUCCCCUCGUGGUAUUCAAGAUGUGGCAAGGAAAUCUAAUGGAUUAAGUUCUUCUGGAGCAAAGUUGAAGCCACUUCUUGCUCCUGGUUUUCUUGGCAAAUGCCCACGAGAUAAACGUGUCAAGAAAGAAAGUAUCAUUGAAGUAGCAUCAAAUGGCCGUCUGAAUAGUCAAACAAAUGAGAUUAUCAAAUCCCAUUUAACAUGUCAAAAUGGCUAUUUGUUUCCAGAUGAGGAGAAACAUUAUUCUGGCAGAAGCUGUUCAUCUGAUAAUUUGGAUGGGCAAGCAGGGAUGUUCAACAAUGACACUGAAAUGGCCUCUGUUGAACCUGAUAUGUCUAUAAGCUUAGAAAACCGAGUUUCUAGCGAUCCAAUAGCAUUUUGUAAUGGAACCAAAAUUGGCAAAACCAGUGAAGGGCUAAGGAGGAAGAGAAAAUCCGAAAAGAAGCAAUUUUUAACGGCGAUGACAGAUUGGUCUAAGUUACCUGCUGAUGUUUUGGGGCUUAUUGCAAGACAGCUGCAUUUUGUGGAAGAUCGUCUGAGAUUUGGCUUGGUCUGCAAGUCAUGGAGAAUGGUUAUGCUUCAUACAGAUAGAUUUUCAUGCUCUCUGCUUCCUUGGUUGAUGCUGACAGAGAAGGAAGAAAGUGAUACGCGUCGAGUUUACAGUCCUUUCAACAAGAAGGUUUAUGAGCUUUCUUUGCCAGAAAUCAAUGGUAGGCGAUGUUGGGGUUCACCUCAUGGUUGGUUGGUUACUCUGGAUGUUGCAUUUAAUAUGAAUUUAUUGAAUCCCCUGUCGCGUGUCCAAAUUUUUCUCCCACCACUACAUAAAUGCUCAAAUCUGGAAAAUCUUGUUUGUUGUCCUGAAACAUUUCGCAAUACAUUUGUGUACAAAGCUGUUCUGUCUUCAGAUCCAUCUUCAGCGAACUGUGUAGUUUUGGCAAUCUAUUCUGACAAUAAGAUGGCUUUUGCAAAGCCAGGUGAUGUAGCCUGGACCCCAUUACAAUCUGGUUCUUCAUUUGUCAACGAUGUCAUUUGUUUUGGUGGGAACUUCUAUGCUAUUGAUUCGUCUGGAGACAUUAGGAUCAGUGAUUCAAAAGGCUCUCAUUUAAAGACCAUAUCUUUACCAGUGCAAGAGGUGGAUAAUGAGCUUGGUGAAAACUCUAUAUAUCUUGUGGAGGUAGGAGGGCAUAUACAUGUGGUCCAAAGAAUUAUGUAUGACACUAAGAUUUAUGAUCUCCCAGUUCUCAGAACAUGGAAUUUUGUAAUAUUCCGGGUGGAUGUCUGUAAUGGGAAGUGGGAGGAAGUGAAGUCAUUGGGUGACUGGUCUAUCUUUAUUGGAAGCAAUCAUUCUUUCUCCAUUUCAGCUUCUGAUUACCCGGAGUGCCUUAGGAAUUGCAUAUAUUUCACUGAUGACUAUUCUGGACUGUAUUACAAUACCACAACUUACUUGACGUAUGACAUAGGUACCUAUGACUUAGAUGGCCCCAAGAUACGAACUUUUCUUCAAGAGGAUGUUUCUCGUUUCAAGUUUUCUCUACCAGUUUGGAUCAAGCCCAGUGUGAGUUCGACUCCCUUACAAAACCUACAACAAACACAGAAACCUAUUGGUGCUGCAUCAGAAAGCCUCGCUGGUGCAAAUAAGCUAUCAAUGUAA